AACUGGAACGCCAGAUCAAAGAAGGUGAGCUGUUGCCUGUGGAACGGAGCGACUGGGCAGCACCUUUGGUGUUGGUCAGAAAACCUGGGGGUAACGUACGAAUCUGUGCAGAUUACAAGGUGACUGUAAAUCAGUGUGUAAAAGAGCAAGCUUAUCGGCUCCCCACGGCAGAAGAGAUAUUCAGUACAUUAGCUCAUGGAGAGUCUUUCUCAAAAUUAGAUUUAGCCAACGCUUAUAAACAGUUGCCACUAGCCCCAGAAAGCCAGGCUGUGUUGACCAUGAAUACGCCAUUGGGGCUGAUGAGGCCCACCAGACUUCCGUUUGGGCUCAAGAUAUCUCCCAACCUGUGGCAGAGGACGAUGGAUGAGGUGCUGAAAGGGCUGAAUGGUGUGGCAUGCUACUUGGAUGACAUUUUAGUCACAGGAAGGACCAGAGAGGAACACCAGGCGAACCUGGACGCGGUCAUGCAGAGGCUUCAGGAGCGCGGGCUGCGUCUGCGGAAGGAGAAGUGUGAACUCUUCAGAAAGACGAUCAUCUACUUGGGACAUGAAAUAUCUCAGGACGGCCUUCGCCCAACAGAUGAAAGGAAUGUGCCGGCAGAUGUCCUCAGCCGUCUUCCGAGCCGAACAGAAUCGGAUGAUGGAACCUGGCAGGUGUGCAGCGCAGAAGAGGAAGAGCUGAUCUGCGCGACCAUCGAGGACGACAUCUUGCCGGUGACUGCUGAUCAGGUCGCCAGGCAGACGGCCAGGGACCCCGUCCUCGGUCCAGUGCUGAGCUGGGUCCGGUCCGGGGCAUGGCCGAAGAAGACGGAGGCCAAGUUUCAGCCAUACAUCAGAUGCAGAGACGGUUUGACAGUCGUUGACGGAUGUCUUCAGGUGGGUGAAAAAGUAGUCAUACCCAGCCGAUUCAGACGUCAGCUGCUAGAGGAGUUACAUGAGGGACACCUGGGGGUGUGUAAAAUGAAGUCAUUAGCUCGAGGUUUUGUGUGGUGGCCGCAUCUGGAUGACGAGAUAGAGCAGUUGUGCCAACAGUGUGGUCCGUGCCGAACUAACGCUCAGAGACCGGCCACCUCCGCUGUGCACCCAUGGGUGUAUCCCUCGGCACCGUGGGAAAGAGUGCAUAUUGAUUUCGCGUCCCAUCAAGGUCGGGAUUAUCUUGUUCUCGUAGAUGCGUUUUCAAAAUGGCCGGAAAUAGAGGAAAUGCAUGGCACAACAGCUACAAAAACGAUAGAAGCGCUGACAAAAAUAUUUGCCACUCAUGGUUUCCCAGUGACCCUGGUUUCGGACAAUGGCCCGCCGUUCAAAUCUGCAGAAUUCGAGAACUUCUUGAGAUCGAGAGGCAUUUUCCAUCGUGCCACUCCGCCUUAUCACCCAGCAUCAAAUGGCCAGGCCGAGUCCAUGGUGAGGACGUUCAAGUCGUUUUUAAAGAAACAGCAGUCGAACGGCAGGAGCCGUGCAGUAGCAGUCUGUCAGUUUUUGGCACGAUACAGAGUGACGCCGUGUUCGUCCACUGGGAGGGCGCCGGCCGAGCUGUUACUGGGAAGAAUGCCUCGCACAAAGUUAUCUCUUCUGAAGCCCUCCGUGACCCAAAGAUUGAAGGGUCCGGGAGAGUAUGUGUAUUCACGAGAGUUUCUUGCAGGUGAUUCCGUGCUGCUGCGAGACCUGCGACCCGGCUCGGCGACUAAGUGGCGCAGAGCUACUGUUACUGGACGGGUCGGACCUCUGGUGUACGAGGUCUGCAUCGACGGCCGGACCCGGACCGCUCACCUGGACCACCUGCUGGCGGACCGGACCGUGGGUCGGACCGUUGCGGAUACGGUUCCGCGGACCGUGCCGGACCGCCCGGUGCCGGCCGCUGUUCCGGGACCCGAGCCGGCCCGAACCGACUAUAGAUCGGGGGAGUAUCUGGCGUACGACCGGUGCGCGUCUGCCGGUGGUGCAUCGGUGCCGCUGCCGAGUGAGAUCGAGACGCCCGGGGAGGCUCAUCGGCGUCGGGAGAGUGGGGACUCCCACAGGGAGCGGUCCCAGCGCUCUUCAGAGGACUCUGGAUUGUGGGGUGCGGGUGAGGCUCGUGUGCGACCGGGGAAUGAGUGUCAGAGUGAACCAGUGUUAAGACGUUCCGAGCGCUUGAGGAACAAGUUUUCGUGAAGGGGGGAAAAGUGAUAUGUACUGGUAUUUGCAUCUCGAGGUGGUGGUGAGUUUGCAUCUCUGACACAGGCUCGUCGGCUGACGCCGGUCAUGUGGUCAGCUGGCCCCGGGCUACGCCGGGCUGGCCGGCGGCUCAGGGGCUGUCUUGGUUGGGCUGUGACCGAGAGUGGUGUUCGUCUAUGGUGAAGGUGCUGGGAAU